CCGCUCCGUGCGCCUCCGGGGCCUGAGGCGGCCGUUGUUCACGCUCCCUUCGGGACGCCCGUAGGCCGCGGCCCGCGCCGGGGGGGACCCUCCCCUAUGUGAGAAGCGGCCGUCGAGGGGAGCGGCCGAGCGCACUGUGACCCGCCAGUGCCGCGAGAGAAAAUGACAUCGCGGAGAUGGUUUCAUCCAAAUAUUACUGGGGUGGAGGCAGAAAAUCUGCUGUUAACCAGAGGAGUGGAUGGCAGUUUUCUGGCACGGCCCAGCAAAAGUAACCCCGGAGACUUUACGCUCUCAGUUAGACGAACUGGAGCUGUCACCCACAUCAAGAUCCAGAACACUGGAGACUACUAUGACCUCUAUGGAGGAGAGAAGUUUGCUACGUUGGCUGAGUUAGUCCAGUAUUAUAUGGAACAUCAUGGACAGCUCAAGGAAAAGAAUGGAGAUGUUAUAGAAUUGAAAUAUCCACUGAACUGUGCUGAUCCUACAUCUGAAAGGUGGUUUCAUGGGCAUCUCUCUGGAAGAGAAGCUGAAAAGCUAUUAACAGAGAAAGGCAAACAUGGAAGCUUUCUCGUGCGUGAGAGUCAAAGCCACCCUGGGGACUUUGUUCUUUCUGUCCGGACAGGAGAUGACAAAGGAGAGAGUAAUGAUGGGAAAUCCAAAGUGACACAUGUCAUGAUUCACUGCCAGGAUCUGAAAUACGAUGUUGGUGGAGGGGAGAAGUUCGACUCUCUGACGGAUCUAGUGGAACAUUACAAGAAGAACCCGAUGGUGGAAACUUUGGGCACAGUAUUGCAACUCAAGCAGCCUCUGAACACCACCCGUAUCAACGCUGCAGAGAUCGAAAGCAGAGUGAGAGAGCUCAGCAAGCUGGCAGAGACUACAGAUAAAGUCAAGCAGGGCUUCUGGGAAGAGUUUGAGACUUUACAGCAGCAGGAAUGCAAACUGCUCUAUAGCCGGAAAGAAGGGCAGCGCCAGGAAAACAAAAACAAAAACAGAUACAAAAACAUCCUACCCUUUGAUCAUACCAGAGUUGUUCUGCAUGAUGGUGAUCCAAAUGAACCUGUUUCAGACUAUAUCAAUGCUAAUAUUAUUAUGCCUGAGUUUGAAACCAAGUGCAACAACUCCAAGCCAAAAAAAAGCUACAUUGCUACUCAAGGUUGCCUACAGAAUACAGUGAAUGAUUUUUGGAGGAUGGUGUUCCAGGAGAAUUCUCGAGUUAUUGUUAUGACAACAAAAGAAGUUGAAAGAGGAAAGAGUAAGUGUGUCAAGUACUGGCCUGACGAGUAUUCCCUGAAGGAGUACGGCGUUAUGCGUGUUAGGAAUGUAAAGGAGAGUGCAGCACAUGAUUACACACUAAGGGAACUCAAGCUCUCUAAAGUUGGGCAGGGGAAUACAGAGAGAACAGUCUGGCAGUAUCACUUCAGAACUUGGCCUGAUCAUGGAGUCCCAAGUGACCCUGGUGGUGUACUAGACUUUCUAGAGGAGGUGCAUCAUAAGCAGGAGAGCAUUUCUGAUGCAGGACCAGUGGUGGUCCACUGCAGUGCUGGGAUUGGGCGAACAGGAACGUUCAUUGUGAUCGAUAUUCUUAUUGACAUUAUCAGAGAAAAAGGUGUGGACUGUGACAUCGACGUUCCAAAGACCAUCCAGAUGGUGCGGUCGCAGCGCUCGGGGAUGGUUCAGACCGAAGCUCAGUACAGGUUUAUUUACAUGGCGGUUCAGCACUACAUCGAAACGCUACAGCGCAGGAUUGAGGAGGAGCAGAAGAGUAAGAGAAAAGGUCACGAAUACACAAACAUUAAAUAUUCUUUAUCGGACCAGACAAGUGGGGAUCAGAGCCCUCUUCCACCCUGUACCCCAACCCCAACCUGUCCAGAAAUGAGAGAAGAUAGUGCUAGAGUAUAUGAAAAUGUGGGGCUGAUGCAACAGCAGAAAAGUUUCAGAUGAGAAGAUGUACAGAGAUUUCCAUGCAGAAAGGCAGAAAUGACUGUGGUUUUUAGAAAGGUCAAGAAAGAGAUGGAAGAAGCUUCAUGAGAACAGUGAACUCUGAGGGCUUGGUACCUUUUUAUUUACAGUUUUCAUCCUUCAACAGUAGGCAAAACUCAAGACCACCUAAAGAUUGUUUCUGUGUCUUCUCUCCAGUACCUGAUUUACAAUUGCUCGUUUUCCAAAUAAAAGGAAAUCCUUUCUACAAUGUAGACAACUACUUUGUAGAGCCAGUUUUGAACCCCACAAACUGUUGGACUGUCAUCCAUUUGUGUUUUUAAGUAGUGUUUUUGUUUCACAGUAUGGCUGUUAGUUGGGUUUGUUCCUUCUUUGAGCAGUUGUGGGAUUUGGUUGGGUGUUUUUUUUUUGGGGGGGGUGGUGGGAGAGCAAAGGUAGAGAUAAAUCCAUUACACUCAUGUAAAAUACUGAUGGGAACAAUACUUGAUUGUUUGAAAACAGUAGAUCACCAGCAUGACUAGAAUCAGCUCCAUGAUAAAAUUAGUCCUAAUACAUUUCAACCUCUGCCUGAGUUUCCUGGGGGUGAGCAGUUACUGGUGUGAAGGUGCUUUUUGUGAUAGCUGAUGGCUUUGAUUAUGACUCAGCUGAGUGGCUGGAUGGGCUGGUUUGGAAUCAUUACCCCAAAGCAGCCCUUACAUCAAACAAAAUUGAUUAGAGGUGAUCCCUACCCAAACCAGGAGUUGACUGCAUCUCUCUGAGGACAUGGUGGCCUGGCAGUUUGAGGACACUGUGUCACUUUGGCUGUGUUUGGCUGUUAGACAAGAGAUUGAACUUGUAGAGUUGAGGUGUUGUUUUGAAAGUUGCAUGAUGAUACAACAUAUUAAAACCAGGGAAACAAGUUGCCCACUGUGCAGGCUGCUACCUUGGUAUAAGGUAACCCUCUUCCCCCUUCUCACGGGGAGGUGGGAGCCAUUGAGCCUUCUGGGUUUCUCACUCGGGCCUUACGCCAGUGUCAGUGGCUGAAUUAAAGCUGGGGGGGAAAGCAGUGCAUGGAAGCUUGCUGUCCACUGAAAUUGCCUUAGCUGAGAAGGGCAGGGCAGGCAGCAGGGCCAGCAGGCAGGUUUGGGUUUGUUUCAGCAGGCAGGAGCUGAUUCCCCCUGGACCUGAAGUGCCUUUCCCAGCUGCGGUGAAUUUGCUGUCCCGAUCCACUGACACAGUCGCGGCCUCUGAAACCACUUGUGGUUGGUGUCAAGCAGACAAAGGCCUCUUCUAGAGACUCUGAAGUGAAGAACUGCUGUUAAGCUGCCAGUUAAUUGGGUUUCCUCACUUUGCUACUUCCAAUUACCUGGACCAGCAGCUCCCCUUGAAGCCAUCAGCAGCUGCCUGUGUGUGUUAAUGGCAGGAUGGGCCCUGAGGAGCAGGUGCUGCUGGUGUCCCACCAGCCUCAUUCCCCUCGCUUCUGGGGAAGUUCUGUGACUUAAGUGGUCUUAAGGAGUCAUUGCCAUUUUCAUGCAGGAGCUGCAGAUGGUGAAUGCUGUGUUCAAUUGCUGUGUGCAGGGCCAACAGAACUGCCUGACUGGCCUUACCAGGGCAAUGAUGCUAAAGCCUGGAGUGUAAUUAAUGCAGCUUGGUGAAAGGUGAAGUGGGAGGUGACUUUACCUUUCCCUGAGUGCUUUGCAAAAUCAAAUAUUUGAACACUUUGAACUGAAUGAAGGUGCUUCUUUAAGGUUAAGCAGAAUUUUGCUACUUUGCCUCUUGUCCUUUGUGUCUUUUGAGGCUUUGGGUGGUUUUGUUUUGGGUUUUUUCCCCUUGAACUCCUGUCACCAGCACACCAUAAUCUAUGUUUUAAUGCCACAGCCUUAUGCUCUAGUGACAAAUAAUUGUAUCCUUUCUAGACCUAAAGUUCCUAGUCAUGAUGAGAGAGAGAAAUCUCUGCCUUGGGUAGUGAGAUACCUAUUGCCUGCUUCCUCCCCUGGCCCUCUUCGUCCUGCUGCACAGGGAUCACUUGGAAGUGUUGCUAUUUGUGAGGGGCAAUUGGCAGCAAAAUGUUUGCCUCAGACUUUGUGAGGAGUUAGACAAAUUCUACACUUCAUGGAAUGCAUGUUCAGGUUGGGAGCUCUGCUGCACCAAACUGCCAAGUUCCAGAGAAAUGAGAGAAGGGUCCUGAAGGAAUCUGAACUGGGUGAUGAACUCAGAUAAUGAGACGUGUCUUAAAAGAUUGACCUGUAUAAGCAGCAAUCAGUGGCCAAUGUGCAGUUGCCUCUUGUGACCUCAUUUGAGCUGUUUAGAACCUGCCACUGGAGGGGUUUUUCUUAAUGUUUCUUAUUUUCUUGGAGCCAGGGAAUUCUUCCUGCAGAAUGUGUGUGAAUCUGGGGGGGAAGAAAGUCACCCAGAGGGGAAGGGAGUCCGAAAGAUUGUGAAUCAGUGCUCCUGUCAACAGGAGCAUUGGGCCCUGCUGAAUACCAAAGGGGAGACCUUGCAAAAGGAAAUCUGUCUGCCUUUCAUGCACCCAGGAGAGAGGGAUGGAUGGCUCUUAAGGCAUGGUGUAAAUCAUUGGAAACGAUGGCUGGGGUUUGUGACAGAUGAAGCGAAACGUCCUUUGGUUGAGGGGAGAUGGAGUGAGUGUGGGUUUCGUGUCUUUCUAGUGGGUAUUUUUAGAGCAUAGAUGUUAAGCAUUGAUUGACAAGCUUUUGCUGUAGCAAUGGAAUGGAAAAGGGAUGCAGUUCUGAAGUGUUCUGUUGCAGAAGACUUUAUACCACAAGGGAAACUUUAACCCAGCUCCUAAGGCACAAUAAUUUCUGCCAGCGUGGAUUUGCUGCAGACUUCAUUGACUGAAUGUUUGGCAGCAUACACUUGAAUUUCAGCUAACUGGUGUUAGGGCUGAUUGGUUCUCCUAUUAAUCCUGACCAAACUUUUACUUUUUCCUCUCAAGGUGUGUGUUUGGAACACAAUUAACCAGGAUGCAGCUAAUGAAGCUACGAACCCCCUUUCCUUUGUUGUAGGGAUGGGGGAAAUGACAGCUGGCACUAAGGAUGUGCUGUCAGGCUUUUGUUGGGGUUUUUUUCCUACCCACAACUUGAUGAUUUCAAAUUAAUUUGUAAUUCCUCCCCCUUAAAUAGUGAAAGGUAAUUAAUGCUCCCCAGCCUGUUUAUUUAUGACAUUAUUGUGGUGAUUUUGUUUAUUACAGUACUAAAGACUAAUGAAAGAGGAGCCUCCGACUAGGUGCAGUAGACCUUGCAUUUCUUAUGUCUUUUUAUUUUCCUGCAAUGUAUGAAGUAUUGUACCAGAGUAUUCAAUGAAAUGUAAUACUUUCUUCAAAAAGCAAAAAGCUCUGUGUCCUUUCAAAGGAACACUCUGAGGGUGUCAGCAGUUCGAUGUGAAUCGUGGAGGUGUCGAUGAUGCGCUGUCCGUUACACGUCUGGUGUUUCAAAGGACUCACCCUGUUGCCUUUUUGCCCACAUGCAUUCUGUAGACCAUUUACAAAUCUGUCAAGAUGUGACAUUAAAAUGAUAGCUCAUGUCUAGAAAUAUUGGUGGUUGUCCAUUGUUUUCUGUGCUGGUAUUGGUGGGUGUCGGUUCCAGCUGCUCUGCUUGCCGCCUCGUGGGUUUUCUUGCUGCGAAGCUGUUCUCAGAAGUAGGAGCAGAUGUGUAACAGCAGGGCUUCAGGGAGAGGGACAUCUGAAACACAAAGAAAUAAAAGUCAUUUUCUUAA